AUGCAGCUUCUGGUGGUGUUAGCAGCUCUCAUGGGGGUUCUGUUCAGCGUUAGAGCAGCCGCCGUGCUCCCUGUGGAGGAUAGGAGCUCCAUCCAUGUUGACAGGGAGCUGAGCAAAGAGCGCAAGGAUCUGAUUCUGAAGCUGGUGUCUGGCUUGUUGGAUGGAGCUCUGGACACCAACAUGUUGCCGGGGGAAGCUGCACUUGUGGAUCUUGAGGAGCCGCUGGAGUCCCGUCUGGAGGAGAGGGCCGUCUACAACAGGCUAUCACUGCCUCAGCGCGACCGCAAAGCCCCCUGUAAAAACUUCUUCUGGAAAACGUUCACCUCCUGCUAA